AUGUCUGCUCCCAAAUCUCUCAAACCCAAACACACCUUCCAAGGCCACACCGCGCGAGCCUGGCACAUCACACCACAUCCGACUCUCCCCCUCCUCUCCUCUUGCUCCUCGGAUCUUACGACACGGAUUUGGAAUACUGCUACGGGUCGAUGUAUCGCCAUACUCCGUGAUCAACACAAACGUUCCGUGCGGUGUUCAGCGUUCAAGCCUCCACGCACAAACAGCGGUGACGAACGAGUCGUCCUCGCAACCGCCUCCUUCGACGGCACGAUUGGUAUCUGGGAAUACGUGAAUGAUCUCGAAGAUAACCAAGACGGCGAAUGGGACUGUAUCGCAACCCUCGAAGGCCACGAAAACGAAGUCAAAUCCGUUGUGUGGUCAGCAGACUCCACCUUCCUGGCAACCUGUUCGCGCGACAAAUCAGUCUGGAUCUGGGAAUCUGAAGAUGACGACGAAUUCGAAUGUCUCUCCGUGCUGCAGGAGCAUAGUCAGGAUGUCAAAUGUGUUGCGUUCUCGCCGAGGGAGAGUUUGUUGGCGAGUGCGAGUUAUGAUGAUACGGUUAUCUUGUAUCGGGAUUCGCCGAGUGAUGAUGAUUGGACGCCGGUUGCGGUGUUGAAGGGGCAUGGGGGAACGGUCUGGGGUGUUGCGUUUUCGCCGGAUGGGAGGACGUUGGCGUCAUCGUCGGAUGAUUGCACGGUUCGGUUGUGGCAGAAGAAGAAGAAGGAGGAGUCGAAGAUCAUCCGUACAGACGAGGAUUGGGAAGAGGUUGCGCAGCUCCCUCAAGUCCACACUCGUUCGAUUUACUCAGUCGCUUUCUCUCCUAGUGGACGGAUAGCUACAGCUGGUGGAGAUGGGAUUGUUGCUGUGUAUAAGAGGAAGGAGGGAGAUGCAGAGGAGUGGGAGGUGGAGUAUGUUCAGACAGAGGCACAUGGUGUGCAGGAGGUGAACUGCGUUACGUGGCAAGUACAGGGCGAUAGGGAGGUCGUGUGGACUGCAGGUGAUGAUGGGAAGGUGAGGGGAUGGACCAUGCCCUUACCCACUUGCGACGAUAUCUCAGACCGUCGCUCACUUUCACCACACUUCAUUCCCACCGAGAAUACCUCCAAAAUAGGCCUCCUCACCUCCCUCGCCCAACGCAUCUCGCGUCGCCGCGCCCCUCGCAUCGCCCUCUCCCUGGGCAUCGACCCCGCCUACCACAUCCCCCUCGUCGCCGCCCGCUCCCUCUCCAUCCUCCCCUCCGUCCUCGGAUUCCUGGACGCAUUAUCAACAGCCUACACCAACCAAUACCUCACAACAGACCCCCAUGGCGGAACCGGGAACGUCUGGAAAGAAUUCGGGGAUAGAGAGUGUAAGAUCUGGGAAUUGGGUGCUGCGUGUAUGUGGUGUGCGGUAUGCGGCUACCUAAGUUUUUGGUUCACGGAUGGCCUCAUGCUUCGGUGGCUUAUUCGGUAUUCGCCUCUCGCGACGUGUAUCAGACUAUUAUCGCUGAGUACGAUCAACGCGGCGUUGACGUAUGGGAUUGUGUGGGCUGAGUGGGGGUGGGUGAGGAGGGAGCCGAGUGGGUUGUUGGUUGCGUGGAUUGUGGAGGCGUGUGUCUUGACGGUUGCGUACACCAUCCAAGACUGGGUUACGUCUGAUCUGUCACUACCCGUCGCACCACGCGCUCAACGCUCGCCCCGUACUGUUCGAUUCAAGAAGAGCGAUGACGACGCACCGUCGGGAGUGGAGAAGGAUAAAGAGGAGGAAGGAGGGUAUAGAGAGUUGGAUUUAGUCGAGGUGGCGGUGUUCGCUGUCGUUCCGGUUGGUAUGGCGGGGUUUGUUACGAUGGUGUUGGGGUUGUGGGAGGUGCAUAGUAUACGUGCGGGAUGGGAUGUUGGUGGAUGA